UGGUAUGGUAGCAUUUAUAGUUGACGUAUGCCAAGGUUUUCAUGCAGCAACAGUCAAGAUUUUUGUAGAUCUCUUAAUGAUAUUGUUUUGUUUUUCUAAAUCACAUAACGUUGUACGGAUUAUAUUUAAAAUAUCCAAACUGACUGAAACAUGAUAAAAGCUAUUCUUGUUUUCAAUAAUCAUGGUAAACCUAGACUUACAAAGUUUUACUAUCAUUAUCCAGAAGACAUGCAACAACAAAUAGUACGGGAGACAUUCCAAUUAGUGUCCAAGCGAGAUGAUAAUGUUUGCAACUUCUUAGAAGGAGGAAGCUUAAUUGGUGGGUCAGACUACAAGCUUAUAUACCGCCACUAUGCUACUUUGUAUUUUGUAUUUUGUGUGGAUUCAUCAGAAAGUGAGUUAGGCAUUCUUGAUCUUAUCCAAGUAUUUGUUGAAACACUUGAUAAGUGUUUUGAAAAUGUUUGUGAAUUGGACCUCAUCUUCCAUGUUGACAAGGUACAUUAUAUUUUAAAUGAACUAGUGAUGGGGGGAAUGGUUUUGGAGACAAACAUGACCGAAAUCAUCAGUCGUAUUGAAGAUCAAAAUAAAUUGGAGAAGCAAGAGGCAGGCCUCUCUGCAGCUCCAGCAAGAGCUGUGUCAGCUGUGAAAAAUAUCAACAUACCACAACAGAUCAAGGACAUCAAGCUUCCAGAUCUGCCACAUAUAGGCAGUUUCAAGUUUUAGCUAUAAUCUGAUCUAAGCUAUACAGUUGUAAUGAACUGUGUUAGUGUACCUUGAAAUAUCCAUCUGUUGGGUACAGUAUUACA